AGGUCUUUGUGUAACUGACCUAACUCUCCCUUCUGUCCUGUUUAGGCCAUUGAGAGUUGAAGGGUCAGAUAUCGUCAGGUAGAGAGAGUUGAGUAGCUGGCAGGGAGGAGAUGGAGCAGUGGAGCAGCAGGUUGUACUCAGGACCUCUGUCCCUGGAGGCCCAGAAGGUCCUGGCUGUUCUCCGUGCCCAGAGUCUACAUGCAGCCAGACGAAACUACAACUACUACGAUGCCAGGCAAACAGUGGAGAGGUUUAAUGGCAGCCAGAGGGAGCUGUGGGCUCAGAGCAGCUGCAGCAUGAGUCAGGAGGAGAACAAAGGGAAAGACACAGACCGGCCCCAGGUGUCCCACCAUGACGCCUCCAACCAGUGGCAGAGCUCUCAGACCUCGGCCUGCUAUCAGUACUCACAGACGGCAGCCUGCUCCCUGUCAUCCCAGGCCUCCUCCUGCUCCUCCUCCUGCUGGGAUUCCUCACUCCAAAGGCAGACGUCGCAGUCUGAAGCCUAUUAUCGCUGCUCACAGAUUUAUUCCCACAGAAAGUCCUGUGAACCCCCUGAGAGCCAGUCCAGUCAGGCUCUGUCAUCCAGUCAGCGUGAGGAGACGGCAGCGUCUUUCUCCCAUAGAGACACAUUCACCCUGUCCCUACAAGUACCACAGAGACUGUUUGAGCCUCAGGCUGCACCGUGGAGAAAAUCCAUUGAAGAAACCAGGCCGCCUUUCAACCACAAUCUUCCUCCAGAUAAGGACGAUACUGAUGAAGUUUUGCAGCCUAAUACCCAUGAAGCCGAGCCUGCUGUGGCUUAUCAACAAGUUUCUCACUGUCUUAAAAUAAGUGAAGGAACAGAUAAUGACACAUCUGUUGCACAGGAAGAAAAGCCUGAGAGCUGGAAUAUCCCCAGAAAGAAGCUAGACCACACUGUUGCUUUGGACAACCAAGGAAAGUGGGGGCUAGCUCCUUCCAACCCCACAGAGGAGAUCAUUAGUGGAAGAGGAGAUGGAGGCAUACAGCAGCACCUGUCAGAAGAAGGGCUUCAGCAUGUUGUGCUUUCAGAAAAUGUGACUCAGGCAGAUACAGCACAAAUGUCAGGCAAAGGUGAUGAAAUGCAGGAUGGAGUAACGUGCAAGGAGACAAGACAUCAAGAUGCAACUAUGCCAAAUGAAAAAGGAUCCUCCAAUGAAAUGGAAGGACUUCUGCUCUUCUUCAGCACCAAUGAGAAUGCUAGUUCAGAGAGGAAUAUGGACAAAAGCCUGCAUAGUUAUUCUGAGGAUUCAAAGUCUGGGCAGAAAGAAGAACACGAGCCUAGAGUUAAUACACCUGAAAUCAAAGAAGUUGAACAUCCAGCAGGCCUUGAGGAUAAAGAAAUGUCAGCGGGGUGUCAAACUGGCGGUUCAAAAGAGCUUCGGGCUCCUUUAGAAAGGGGAGAACACAAGGUGAGCAGCUGCCAAGCUGGAAACACUCGGGAUACGAGAGAGACUGUGAGUGAAACAGCAGAGAAAAAACCCACAGAAUACCCACUGAUGCAGUGUGAGCCCACCGAAUCAAUCCUGAGUGACACCAGUGCUGAUAACCUGGAGAGAACCACAGGGGGAAGAAUAGAUGUGAUGGAGGUCGGUGUGGAAGUGCAGAGGAAGAGCAGCGAAGGCCUGGAUGAAAGCGAGAUGGAGACAGAGCAGCAGCUUUGUUCUGGUGUCCAAAUUAGAGAAAGACACUGUGAGACAGAGUGUAGAGAUGUCAGUGAGUUACCCAGAGGAGACACUGAGCCAGGAGAGAGAGAGGGCGGCCCAAAUGAGUCUGUGCCACCUGUAGACAGCCAACAUGGAAGCAGAUCUACAGAGGACUCAGGAGGAGAAAGUUGUUCUGUGCCAAGAUUGUCCCAGGAGCGCAGGGCAAAGAGGUUCAGAGCUCCCCGGAUUCUUGGGAAUCAUCAGCACCAUGUCGACGUACAAACUGCUAAUGGAAGAGGGAGCAGCUCCAGCAGGGAACUGGCCUCAGCAAGCACUUUUGCUGCUGGACAAAACUUCUCCUCAGUGCAGGACUUGGCCUCUGCUGCCUCGGAGCCAAGCAGAAAACUGGAAAACAGCCAACUACUUACUUCCCAAACUCAUCCACGUCAUCCUCCCCUGAUCCCCUCUUUCUCCUUAAAGAGGAAGCUGGAAGUACUUCAGCGCCAAUAUGGCAACACUCCUAAAAACUACCUGAUCAAGCGUCCUUCAAAAUGGGAGCCACCUCGUUCCUCUCAAGAAGAGGCAGGGGAAGGAGGGGUCAGUGAGCCCAAGAUCUCUAUCCCUGAACUCCUAGCUUUACCCUCAGAACAGCAGACUGAGGUCAGUCCUUCACAUGAUGCAGGAAAAGUGUCAGGAGGACCUAAAGACAUAUAUGCCCCAAAGCAAAAUGUGGAAGAAAGAUGCCCCAAAUCCACCAGAAAUGCUUCGAAAAUGACCCCAUCUUCUAAGAUUUGCAAAAUACUCAAGCACAAGCGGGCCAAAUGUGGGCCUGAGCAAGGGAACAAUGGACCAAAGAUAUCCCAUAAGGAGGCACAUGGUAAUAAUGAGCCCCAGACCCAAUCCAAAGCUGGCUGUCUGACUGCGAGCCUGACGUCUGACCCCAGAGUAAAGGAUUCUGGGAAGAUGAACCCAGACGAGAAGACGCAGAUGCUUGAGAAGGCGAGGAAGGCCAAGGCGCUGGUGUUAACCCUGGUGUACCGAGACGGAACAACUCAGUUAGACCCAGAACAGAAGCUCACUCCAGCGGUGUGUGGCCUCCUCAUACUGAUGAAGAACAAUCCUGACUGCAGCACAGCAGAAGACUCGCUGGGGCCAAACGACACGCUGGUCUACUUAAAACUAGAGCACACACCUGCAUGGGCUCAGCAACACACACACCACAGCCAGGAGCUCUUUACUAGAGAUAUGUUGCUACAGGUGCUAUCAAGAUCUCAACUGGUGGUGUGCUAUAAAGCCAAGGAUUUGCUUCGUACAGCUCUGCAGUUUUACAGACCAGACCUCAGCUGGAAACAAGUGGCUGGCUCUCAUGUCCAGGACCCACAGGUGUCCGGGUGGCUCCUGGAUCCUGCAAACCCUUCCUCUUGCUUCCCAGAUCUUGUCAAUAAACACUGCAAAAGACCCUUUACGACACCAGCUCUGGGUGCCAAGAAGGUUUCUCAGGUCAUCUCAGGUCUCUAUUCACUCUACUUGCUUAACAUGGAGCUGUGCUUUAAACUACAGAGCCAGGGGCUGUGGGAGCUCUACUCAGGCGUGGAGCUGAAGAUGAUCUCUGUUCUGGCAGCCAUGGAGAGCCAUCAUAUCCAUGUGGAUAAAGAAGCUCUGAAGAGAACUUCAGACCUGCUGGGGACUAAGAUGAAGCAGUUGGAGCAGGAGGCCCACAGAGCAGCAGGACAAAUCUUCCUCAUCACCAGCAACACUCAACUACGAACAGUCCUGUUUGAGAAGCUGUGUCUCCACGAGCGCUGCGACAACAAGAAACUUCCCAAGACCAUCAACAAACAACAGCAGUCGACAUCAGAAGCUGCACUGCUGCAGCUUCAGGACCUGCACCCUCUGCCUAAGAUCAUUCUAGAGUACAGACAGGUUCACAAAAUCAAGUCCACUUUCGUUGAUGGGAUCCUCUCAUGCAUGAUGAGCAAGAACUACGUGUCCUCGACGUGGUACCAGACGAGUGCGGUGACGGGGAGAGUCUCAGCCAAACACCCAAACUUCCAGGCCCUGCCAAGACAACCGCUUCAGAUCACCAAGAAGCAGCACAUCCAAGGAAAGGAGGAGGAGGUGGUGACGGUUCAUCCUCGGACAAUGUUCAUUCCUCGGGAAGGGUGGACUUUUCUUGCUGCAGACUUCUGCCAGGUGGAGCUGCGUCUCCUGGCUCACCUCUCCUCUGACCCUGAGCUGCUCCAUAUUUUCAUCAACCCCCAGGCGGACGUCUUCACCAUGUUGGCCUCCCAAUGGAAAGGGCUGAGUGAGGAAAAGGUGACUUCAGAGGAUCGAGAACACGCCAAACGCAUCGUCUACUCUGUUGUGUACGGCGCCGGUCGGGAGCGUCUGUCAGGGAUCCUCGGGGUGAGCGCCGAGCAGGCCAGCCGGUUCCAGGACAGGUUCCUGCAGACCUACAGAGAAGUCCAGACCUUCAUCCAGAGGACCGUCCAACAGUGCCACAAACAAGGUUAUGUGCUCUCCAUCAUGGGCCGUCGACGGACCCUCCCGAACAUAAACUCCCCUGAUUGGGGCGUCCGCAUGCAGGCUGAGAGGCAGGCGGUCAACUUUGUGGUCCAAGGUUCUGCGGCUGAUCUCUGUAAGAUGGCCAUGAUCCGAAUCUUCCACCUAGUCUCCUCCUCCAGCUCGCUCUCUGCCAGGCUCAUCGCACAGCUCCACGAUGAGCUUCUGUACGAAGUGGAGGACUCCCAGGUGGAGCUGUUUGCAGGUCUGGUGAAGAGCACCAUGGAGUCCCUUCAGCACAUCGACCAUCUAGGAGUCCAUCUGAAGGUCCCCCUGAAGGUGGCGGUCUCCAGUGGCAAAUCUUGGGGAUCCAUGUCUGAGCUGAACAUCCCUCUACCGUCUCCUCCUCUCUGAGUCCACCUCCCUCCUCUCCUCCCUCCUGUUCUCCUCCUCUCCUCCCUCCUGUUCUCCUCCUCUCCUCCUCCUGUUCUCCUCCCACCACGCCUCUGUUGUCUUUAAUACACUUUCCUCUCCCUCUCCUCCCUCUUGUGUGCGUUCACAUCUUUCUUUCUCUUCUCUCUCUGCUUGUCCUGCAUCCACAUUUCUAUGGAAACCAGCGAGCUGCAGCUUCUUCCAGCUCCCAGUUUUUGUUUUCGCUCCAUCAGUAUCCUGGGGCAACGGCAGGAGCUGCAGACUGGAUUGCUCUCAUCCAUCCUGAAAAAAAAAAAGGUUCCUUGUCCUCCUCCUCUCCUCCCCCGUUUUCACACUCUCUUGUUAAGACUGUUCUCUCUCUCCGCCUUGUUGCCAAGGUGAAGCUCCACGUUUGGAGAUUAUUGCUUCAUAAAAUUUGUUGUGUGUUUGAUUUUAAGUGCCACAGUUAAACUACCGUAUACCUGCAACAUGGUGUGUUGUGUUUGGUAGAAAACUUCCUUGUAUUUAUUGUUUUAAUUCUUGGUUCAUGAUUAAUAAAUCUUGACAGAUUUUCA